AUGGAAGACCUCAGCACCCCAUACCCUUCCACUUGGCCCCCAGUCUCCAAGGGGACAGAAUCAAAGCAACACCCCUCCCCAGGGCACAAUGCAGCCAUGCGAGCACUCAUCGCGCCAUGGGCUAGAACCCGUCCACCACCGCCAGGAUGCCAGGCCGUAAUGGCUUCCAGCUGGUCUCGAUUCUCCCCCGGCGACAGUAGGAGCAAACCGGUCGAUGAAAUGAAGACCUCGGUCCUGUGGGCUCCAAGGGGCACUACUCCAGGCUACAAUCCGCCCAUAGCCGAAUGGUUCGACUACUUGGGCGUUGAGAAACCAGACCAAGUGCCUUGCGGACGACCAGACAACCAACGAAACUGCCGACGCAGCCCCCGACGAAGCCGAUCCAACUCCAGGAGUUCAUGGUCGACGGAGAGCUCGGUAUCCAGCCUUGGAUUGGAACCAGAGCCUAUUGCAUUCAAGAAGGUAGCGGUAAAGGUGGCGGCUAGAGCAUCAUUGCUGACGGAGUCAUUCAAAUCAACACCUGCAGCUGGAGCUGGUCUCCAGCGGUCCGUGAGCCCAGCGGUGGUCCUGAGGGGAGGGUUCAGAGAGGAGACGCUGAGCGCAUCGAUGCUGCCGUUGGCCUUUGAUCCAGACAGUGAUGAAGAUGAGUGA